AUGGCUAUAUGGACGGUUGGAUGGAAAGUACCAGGACUUGGGUCAUUGACCAUCGCUCCCGAAGGACCUUCUUUUCUUGGGGGACAUGAUACGCGCGGCCCCUUAGAAAAGAUCUGUCUUUUCAGCAGCUUCUCUAAUUUGCGCCAGUUGCGUAAAUUGAAUAUCGAAGCGUACUCGGUCGACCUCAAUUUUUUGGUUCAGCUUUCCUCGCUACCUCACCUUGCUGAGCUCCAGGUCGUCAUCACUCAAACCGACAAGCACCAGAAACGUCAGGCACAGAUCGCAUUCCCAUCCCUGAAAUCUCUUCAUAUCAACGCUCAUAUUUCAUUGAUGCCCCACAUCCUUAGGCUAAUCCGUCAAGGAUCCUUGACUUCCUUGACUUAUCGCGACACAUCCGACAAGGAUGUUACUGAUCUUGUAGGUUUCGUGCAAGCCUUUCAUGUGGAAAUUGCAUUCCGAUUUCCAUCUCUUACAAGUCUGAUAUUGUUCCACAGCCAACACAGGCUUGCAGAUUGGAAAACUUUGAGAGCUGCCACAGAGCCGCUCUAUGAUUUAUCCAAACUUCAGAAAAUCAUUUAUCACGGUACGCUCUGCCUGGACAACGACGAUAUUGAGCAUCGUUUCGCUACAAGCUGGCCGGAAAUUAGAUUAAUUCAUAUUAUGUCUCUCUGGGAAACGUCUCUGACAUAUGGAAUCCUCGCCACCCUAGCGAAACACUGUCCCCACUUGACCGACCUAGCCUUACCUAUCACGUUUCCUGAAUGGGAUUCACCGCUUCGGGACGGUGGUGUGUUCUCCCAUAGAUUGCGCACCUUCCGUGCGAUCGGUACAAGGGUUCACUGCUACGCGAGUGUUGCUCAUUAUCUAGAUAGGUUGUUCCCUUUUCUCGUUUCGGUAAAGGGGGGUGAAGGAUGGGGUCAGGUUGAGUCCAUUAUCUUGAAGGCUUGUCAGCCGGCACGCAGGGAUCAGCGGCUGAGAGGUUGA